UCCAGGGCCUAGCUCGCUCGCUCCUGCUGCGGGAGACCCGCGCAGCACGGCCCUCGGGGGGCCGACGGGCCUCCGUUAAACCGUCCCCAGAUUCGUCAGCGCCACCGCAACCUCCUCGGAGCCCCAGCGAACUCCGCCCGGCGCGGGCACCCUGCGGCCCGGAGGACACAGCGAGCGAGCGCAGUGACGGCGCCUCGCCUCCCGCAGUCCCCGGACCACCAUGGCCCAGAGCCGCAGGGACCGGAACAGUUGGGGUGGAUUUUCAGAAAAGACAAGUGAAUGGAGUUCAGAAGAGGAGGAGCCUGUGAAGAAGGCAGGACCUGUGCAGGUUCUCAUUGUCAAAGACGACCACUCCUUUGAGUUAGAUGAAGCUGCACUAAAUCGGAUCCUUCUCUCAGAGGCUGUCAGGGACAAGGAGGUCGUAGCUGUGUCUGUUGCUGGAGCAUUUAGAAAAGGCAAAUCCUUCCUGAUGGACUUCAUGUUGAGAUACAUGUACAACCAGGAAUCAGUUGAUUGGGUUGGAGAUUACAAUGAACCGCUGACUGGCUUUUCAUGGAGAGGUGGGUCUGAACGAGAGACCACAGGAAUCCAGAUAUGGAGUGAAAUUUUCCUUAUCAAUAAACUUGAUGGCAAAAAGGUUGCAGUGUUAUUGAUGGAUACUCAGGGAACCUUUGACAGUCAGUCAACUUUGAGAGAUUCUGCCACAGUAUUUGCCCUUAGCACAAUGAUCAGCUCAAUACAGGUGUAUAACCUAUCCCAGAAUGUCCAGGAGGAUGAUCUUCAACACCUCCAGCUUUUCACUGAGUAUGGCAGGCUGGCAAUGGAGGAAACAUUCCUGAAGCCAUUUCAGAGUCUGAUAUUUCUUGUUCGAGACUGGAGUUUCCCAUACGAAUUUUCAUAUGGAGCUGAUGGCGGCGCCAAAUUUCUGGAAAAACGCCUCAAGGUCUCAGGGAACCAGCAUGAAGAACUACAGAAUGUUCGAAAACACAUCCAUUCCUGUUUCACCAACAUUUCCUGUUUUCUGCUACCUCAUCCUGGCUUAAAAGUAGCUACCAAUCCAAACUUUGAUGGAAAACUCAAAGAAAUAGAUGAUGAAUUCAUCAAAAACCUGAAAAUACUGAUUCCUUGGCUACUUAGUCCCGAGAGCCUAGAUAUCAAAGAGAUCAAUGGGAAUAAAAUCACCUGUCGAGGUCUGGUGGAGUACUUCAAGGCUUACAUAAAGAUCUAUCAAGGUGAAGAAUUACCACAUCCCAAAUCCAUGUUACAGGCCACCGCAGAAGCUAACAAUUUAGCCGCUGUGGCAACUGCCAAGGACACAUACAACAAAAAAAUGGAAGAGAUUUGCGGUGGUGACAAACCAUUUCUGGCCCCUAAUGACCUGCAGACCAAACACCUGCAGCUUAAGGAAGAAUCUGUGAAGCUGUUUCGAGGAGUGAAGAAAAUGGGUGGGGAAGAAUUUAGCCGGCGUUACCUGCAACAGUUGGAAAGUGAAAUAGAUGAACUCUACAUCCAGUAUAUCAAGCACAAUGAUAGCAAAAAUAUCUUCCAUGCAGCUCGCACCCCAGCCACACUGUUUGUUGUCAUCUUUAUCACAUAUGUGAUUGCUGGUGUGACUGGAUUCAUUGGUUUGGACAUCAUAGCUAGCCUAUGCAAUAUGAUAAUGGGACUGACCCUAAUCACCCUUUGCACCUGGGCAUAUAUCCGGUACUCUGGAGAAUACCGAGAGCUGGGUGCUGUAAUAGACCAAGUGGCUGCAGCCUUGUGGGACCAGGGAAGUACAAAUGAGGCUUUAUACAAGCUUUACAGUGCAGCAGCGACCCACAGACACCUGUAUCAUCAAGCUUUUCCUGCACCAAAGUCGGAGCCUACUGAGCAGUCAGAAAAGAAAAAAAUGUAAUGCAGUUGAGAAACACAGGUGCAUGACCAACUGUCAGUUAAAUAUUCAGUUUUCUGUUUCCAUGCAGACAUUCAAAGUGCUUCCAUUAGAACAAAGUAAAAUACCAAAUGCCUCUGAAGACUACAAAAUGGUUUAGUUCUUUUACUUCCGUGUUUAAUAAGAUGUAUGUAUGCAUGGUUAUAUCAUUUUGUUAACACACAGUUUCCUGAUUUCAUCUUUAAAUAUGCUGUUAUAAUUUAAAGUAUUUGUCUAUUUAUGAUGCCAGUGUGUGUUCUGCUUGAACUUACUACAUUCUAUUACUGGGUUAUAAUUAAACCAUGCAGUGAUACUACUUCACAUUUGAAUAUGCUCAUUUAAUUUCUAUAGAAAACGUAUUAAAUUAUUUCAUAGAGCUAUUUGUUAAAGGACAGCAUCACAACUCAGCAGGCUUGAUUUAAUCUAUAUAAUCUUACACAUACCAUGAGCUCUUCAUUAUUUUUAAGAAUUUAAGAGCUUUUCAGUUGCUCUACCAGAAACUAUCGCUUUUAUAUUAUGAUUUAAGAUAUACUAUAAACCUCUUGAUCAAAAAUGCACAAAAAGUCAUUUUGUAUAUGUAUUUGAGUUUUACUGCAUUGUAUAUUUUUUCAUUUGGUACACAAAGAGAUGUAUUCUUCAU